GAGCUGGCCAGUUAGGACGGAGAGAUGUGCUAGCAGCUGAAGGGAGACAGAGAGAAAACUUGAAGAUAACUAAAUAGCACAACGAGGGGGCGAAACCCCUGUCCAGAUAGCAAAAGGGAGGAUCUCUCGCCCCCCUUUUUUCUGCAAGGCAUAUGGGAGGGAGAAAUAGUUCCUCCAACCCCCUCCCGAACCCCCAGCUACCCUAAACCAAGUGCUACCCCCUCCCCACCAGGAACCUAAUCUGUCAUAAUUUCCAGGAACAAAUCAAGCCCCAGGAGGCAGAGAAGAACAGUAAAAGGGGGCAAUCGAUUCUGUGUGCAUUGACACCAGCGGUGACUUCAUUAUUACCCUUUGACGACCACUCUGUAAAGCUAGCCCCUUGGUGGAAAAGUGAGAGCAGGGACAGCAAGGGGGUGAGAGAGAGACGAGUAAUUGUCCGAUCAUCUCUCAGAAAGAAAAGCAAACUUGGUUCUUCUUAUGACCCUCUGCCUCAGGGAGCAAAAGGGAAGAGCGCACUGUCUAGGACAAAAUUCAUAACAAAGCAAGGUUUUAACGGUGCAUGGUCCCUAAUUGCACCCCCAUUAGCAGCAGAGGGAGGGGGCGUAGGGAGGGGAUAAGGGAGGCGGGGGACCCAAGAAGCAAGGACCGCAAAUGAAAGUGAAAGAUUAAAAUAGCAAGUAAAAUAACUGCAUAUUAUCAGAUCUGACCGGAGACCUGAGCUUUGCUUUGCUUUGCUUCCUCAGUGAUGGUUUGUCUCCGGGCUGUGUCAGAGAUGUGAAUUUCACCUACGUUCUGGAUGCAAAGGGCUAACAUCUACCCAUUCCUUUAUUUAUUUGGAAGCAAUGUGGGUCACACACACAGAAGCCAUCUGAGACCUGGAAAGCUGUCUGGAUUUAAAAUAAAACAAGAAGAAUGAGACACCAGCCAGGAUCCCUGCCCUGAGAAGAAGGUGAAGAAAGAAAGAAAGAACAUGCAGACACCAAACCUGUAGAUUUAUGACAUUCUUUUUGCUCCACUAAGGACAGAUAUUUUCCCCCCUUACAGACAUGCAGCAUAAAGUCAUCAUGCUGAUUGUGCUCUUGGAGUACAUUGUUUCUGGUCAUGGUGAGGCAGAUCCAGUAAAGCUACGAACCUUCCGCUGUGACGGCCACUCCUGCAAUCCUCCUGUAGGGAAUCUAGCAACAGGCAGGACUCCAGUCUCUCUUACCACAUGUGGGCAGAACAGCACAGAACUUUAUUGCUUCUACCCAGACCAGCACCUCCUUCAUUGGGCCUCCCAAGGCUGUGGGCAGCCCCGCUGCACUAAAUGCAAUGCCAAUCAGCCUGAUAACUCCCACCUUCCCUCUGAUAUGACAGAUGAUUUCUUCCUAAAUCCUGGUUCCUGGUGGCAGUCUGCACAAGGGGUACACAGGGAAGAAAUCAGGCUGGACUUGGAAACAGCGUUCUACUUGACUCACGUCAUAGUAGUGUUCAAGUCACCACGCCCAGGUGCUAUGGUACUGGAGAGGUCUCAGGACAAUGGCCAGACAUGGAGGCCCUACAAAUAUUUUUCCAUCAACUGUACAGCAACGUUUGGGCUUCAAGAUGAUCUUAUUGAAGAGGGCUCUCUGUGCACUUCGAGGUAUUCAGACGCAGUGCCUUGCACUAGAGGGGAGGUGAUCUAUCGUGCCUUAACUCCAACCAACAAGAUCGAAGACCCAUAUGGUCCUGAGGCCCAAGACCUCCUGAAACUCACCAACCUGCGCCUCCUUCUAUUAAAAAGGCAGGAGUGUCCCUGCCAAGGCUUGGGAUUGCUGGAGAAACCCCAGAGGUUUGCCCACUAUGCUAUCUAUGAUCUGAUUGUCCGGGGAAGUUGCUUCUGUAAUGGUCAUGCAGAAGAAUGCCAGCUUACCAAUGGGACAGGGAACACAGAGAACGUGGUCCAUGGGAAGUGUGUGUGCAGACACAACACAGCAGGGAACCACUGUGAAAGGUGUGAACCAUUAUACAAUGACCAGCCUUGGAAGCCAGGAGAUGGAAAAACUGGGGCACCAAAUGAAUGCAGAAAGUGCCGCUGUCACAACCAUGCUGAUAGCUGCCACUUCAACCUGAGUGUUUGGCUGGCAUCUGGGAAACACAGCGGUGGAGUAUGUGACAACUGCAAACACAACACGGAGGGACAUCGAUGUCAAAGGUGCAAACCAGGAUUUUACAGAGAUAGGGGAAAACCUAUGUCUUCCCCAGAGGUCUGCAAACCUUGCUCCUGUCAGCCUAUGGGAUCGGCCAAUGCAACCUUCAGCAGAAGCUGGCGGUGCCACCCAAAGACGGGGUUCUGUUACUGCAAGCCAGGCGUGGCAGGCCCGAACUGUGACAGAUGCCUUAUGGGAUACUGGGGCCUUGGAGAAAAUGGCUGUCGUCCUUGUGACUGUGCCAGAGACUGCGACCCGCACACUGGAAACUGUUUCAAUGGUUAUGACAAUGAGCCAUUUUUCAACAUCCCCAUGGGUGGGCGAAUCCCUGACCUCCUACAAACGCCAGCCAAUGAAAGCGAUGAGUGGAAAUGGAAUGAUCAUGAGCAGGGAUUUUCUGCUUUGAGACAUCCAGAAAAGUGUGUGUGCAAAGAGAAAGUGCUCGGAAGUGUCACUGAUUUCUGCCAGAUGAAAUAUGCAUAUGUGAUAAAAGCAAGAAUCCUAUCGGCUCAUGACAAAGGAACCCAUGCGGAAGUUGUAGUGAAGGUAAAGAAGGUCCUGAAAUCAGGCAAAGUGAAAAUUGCCCGGAGUAACAGAAGUAUCUAUCCAGAGUCCUGGACCAACAGGGGAUGUACAUGUCCCAUUCUCAAUCCUGGAACAGACUACCUGAUAGCAGGUCAGGAGGACUCAAGGACCAGCAAACUCCUCGUGAAUAUGAACAGUCUGGUGAAACCCUGGAAGGCGUAUUUGGGAAAACAAGUAGCAGACAUUCUUCGAACUGGAUGCAAAUAAUUUCUUCUUCAGAAGUUAAAGUCAUGAACUUUAUACUUUAAUAACACUGUGGAGAAAGGUGUAGCUAGUUCAUAUAUUACCAUGCAACACGUUCCUAGCUAAGGGGACAAGAGUGGACUUACCCUCCUGUCCCGCAUUAUGUGUUUAAACCAGGAAUCCUUGGACAUGACUUUUCUUCCAUAAAUGCACACUGUCUUAUAUGAAAUUAACCAACACAUCACAUGUAGGUUACAAAUCACAGUUCUUAGCUUGAAGCCAUUUUCACAGCUCCCAGAAAUUCACUGUCAUGGGAGAAGCAGAAGCUAUGGUUUGUGUGUUUCCACUCUUCAGGAAUUAAUCUGGUAUCGAUACCCAUAAACCGCUUGCAUAGUGCAUUCAUUACUCGGAUGUCAUUUUCUUUAUUAAAGUGGCCAUUAAUGGGCCAAAAAAAUUCAGCUUUGCAGGUGACAAAAUAUUAAACAGUCAGCAUGUCAAAUGACACUUGAUUUGUUUGAAAAGAGCUAUUUUUAUUUAUCAAGCAAACUGCAGUUAGAUCAAUAUAAGACAUGCUGCUUUCUAGAGUGAAAAUAUCACAUUGCUGCACAGAGACUAACACUGGAACUUUAUCUGGUGAGGGCCUCUAUAGAUGGGAGUUGUCAGUCAAUGCCUAAUGUAAAAUCACUGUUGACUCAUCUGUUCUAUCAAAGGUCUUCUCUUUGCUGUUGUAACACUGCUAUUAGUACUGUCACACAACAGGUUUCAGAUUGACUGCUGCUAAAGGGUCUUGUGCCAGUAGAGUAGCAUCAAGCUACAGCUCCAGACCUAUAGGAGAAGGUGAUGGAAACUGGUCCUUAUUUGAGUUUGUGACGCUACAAUAGGUAGAGGUGUGAAGGGGCAGUAGGCUGUACCAAUUUGAGGAUUAAGCAAGGUGUUGAUGACUGACAGGGCAGCUACCUUGUUAUUCUGAUCAAUGCCCUUGAGGCCAUGCUCAUUAUUUAAUUGUCACUACCAUUUUCACUCUGCUGUUACUCUUGCCCCCUUUGUGUGUUGUAAUAGUCAAGUGAAGUUACCUUCCAGUUGUGCUUGAAGUUUAUUUAGCAUGAGGAGUAGGGGUGGUAGCAUCUCCACUCUAAAUAAAGUCCUGCUGUUCUGCAGCAGGAGUCCCCAUAGAAUUAUUUUAGUCUAUUCCACAGUUAGAAAGAAGCUAGUUUGUGGAAAUGUGAGUUCCUCAGAGUACCGGGGGGGGGAAGGGAAUGAUCUCCUACCGGUCUCUGCCCGAGUGACAGGAAACUCAUGACCAAACUGAGAGGGUAAGGAGUAUGUUCCAUUGAUAAGUAAAGCAUAAAUCAGAACUUUGUUCAAAGAUAUCCUUUUUUUUGGUUUAUGUAGAGCAGGGGUUCUCAAACUGGGGGUCAGGACCCCUUAGGGGGUUGUGAGGUUAUUAUGCAGGGCGGGUCACAAGCUGUCAGCCUCCACCCAAACCCCGCUUUGCCUCCAGCAUUUAUAAUGGUAUUAAAUAUAUUUAAAAGUGUUUUUAAUUUAUAAGGGGGGGGGGUCGUCACACUCAGAGGCUUGCUAUCUGAAAGGGAUCACCAGUACAAAAGUUUGAGAAUCACUGGUGUAGGGGCACACAACUUCAUAUAUGCUGCUUUUGCCCAUCGUUGUCUAUGCCUACAGGAAGAGGAGAUGGGGUUUGAUCUGCUUGCCACUUAGUCACUGUAACAUGUAAUGUUGGUUCCAUUCUAUAUGCAUCCGAAGAAGUGGGCUGUAGUCCACGAAAGCUUAUGCUCUAAUAAAUUUGUUAGUCUCUAAGGUG